AUAUCCCCUUUUUGAAUGUCGCAUGGACCGCCUUCAGCGUCACAACAAAACACAGAACUACACUUCCCGGCAUUCCACAAAACAUGGCUGCACACAACAUCAGCUGCAAAUGACUUUCUAUUUGAACACACAAUUAACAGCGACGCUGAGUGUCUUCAGAGUUAUUAUGCUCUGCAUAAGUAGUGUGUCUGCAUUGGAAACUGAAGGCUCACAGAAUGCUCUCAGUCCCGGUGAGAGCUAUCUUUUGUCGGUAUGGCACCACCGGCUGUACCUGUACUCCGCCGCUGCUCUCCUCUUCGUCUGGUUCCUCCUGAAGGUGGCUCUGAACAAGAAAAGCUUCUCCAAAGAUGUCAGCCCCUUGGUCUCCAAAGCAGUGAAGAGAAGUGAGGGCUCUGACGCCGUGGUCCACUUGCCAGGAGUUAAGAUCUUCUACGGCUCUCAAACUGGAACAGCAAAGGGUUUUGCAAAGGAGUUGUCGGAGGAAGUGAAGACUUUGGGCAUACCAGCUGAGGUGAUCGACAUCAAAGACUACGAUCCAGACGAUCGACUUUCUGAUGAGUGCACCAACAUGUCUGUCUGUGUGUUCCUCGUGGCCACGUACACUGACGGAACCCCCACGGUGAACGCAGAGUGGUUCUGCAAGUGGUUGGAGGAGGCGUCCACUGACUUCAGAUACGGGAAGACCUACCUGAAGGGCCUCAGAUAUGCAGUGUUUGGUCUCGGCAACUCUGUCUAUGUCGGCCACUAUAAUACGGUGGGUACAAACGUGGACAAGUGGCUUUGGAUGCUGAGUGGCAUGCGCAUCAUGACCAGGGGAGAGGGCGACUGUAAUGUGGUGAAGAGCCAUCAUGGCAGCAUUCAGGCAGACUUCCUGGCCUGGAAAGUGAAGUUCCUGACCCGCCUCCAGGCCCUGGCCAAGGGAGAGAAGAAGAGCUGCAGUGGGAACUCUAAGAACGGAAGCUCCUGUAAGAACAUGAAGAAGGAACAGGAGGAGGACGAGGCAGCGCCUGUACCGCAGGACAACAGCUCUGAGGAGGAUCUGAUGGAGUCCAGCAGUGAUGAGGAGGAGUCUGGCCUGCAGGAUGAGAAAACAUCAGGUUCAGUGGUCGACAUGGAGGAUCUGGGAAACAUCAUGAACAGUGUCAAGAGAGCAAAGAGCAAAGAGGAGGGUGGAGACGGCCUGAUGGUGAAGCUAUCCAAGGUGAAUGGACUGAAGAAGAUUGAAGAUGAAGCGGAAAGAAGAGAGAUGAUUACACCUGCCCUUAGAGAAGCACUAACAAAACAAGGGUACAAACUCAUCGGAAGUCAUUCAGGAGUGAAGCUUUGUCGAUGGACCAAGUCUAUGUUGCGAGGGAGAGGAGGCUGUUACAAGCACACUUUCUAUGGGAUCGAGUCCCACCGCUGCAUGGAAACUACUCCCAGCCUCGCCUGCGCUAACAAGUGUGUCUUCUGCUGGAGACACAACACCAACCCUGUGGGCACAGAGUGGCGCUGGAAAAUGGACCCUGCUGAGAAAAUCCUGGAAGACGCCCUUGAGAAACACCAGACCAUGAUCCGACAGUUCAGAGGUGUCCCAGGAGUGAAGCCUGAGCGCUACGAGGAGGGCUUGGCAGUCAAACACUGUGCCCUCUCCCUUGUGGGGGAGCCAAUCAUGUACCCCGAAAUCAACACCUUCAUCCGCCUCCUCCACACCCAUCACAUCUCCAGCUUCCUGGUCACCAAUGCACAGUUUCCUAAGGAGAUCAGGAGCCUUGUGCCAGUCACCCAGCUGUAUGUCAGUGUGGACGCCAGCACCAAAGACAGUCUGAAGAAGAUUGACCGUCCACUUUUUAAGGACUUCUGGCCACGCUUCCUGGACAGCCUCCGGGCCCUGGGAGAGAAGAGACAGAGGACGGUGUACAGGCUGACGCUGGUGAAGGCCUGGAAUGUGGAGGAGAUGCAGGCAUACUCGGAGCUCAUUUCUUUGGGGCAGCCGGACUUCAUUGAGGUCAAGGGAGUGACGUACUGCGGGGACAGCCCUGCCAGCACUCUGACCAUGGCUAACGUUCCCUGGCACCAGGAAGUGGUCACCUUCGUCCAGGAGCUGGCUGACAUGUUGCCUCAGUAUGAGAUCGCCUGUGAACACGAGCACUCCAACUGUUUGCUCAUCGCACACACCAAGUUCAAGGUGGAGGGCGAGUGGUGGACCUGGAUCGACUACGAGCGUUUCCAGGAGCUGGUCCAGGCUCAGGAGGAGAGCGGGGGGCAGCAGGGCUUCUCCGCCCUGGACUACAUGGCCAAGACCCCCAGCUGGGCUCUCUUCGGAGCCACUGAGCAAGGCUUCGAACCCGUUGACACACGCUUCCAUCGACGCAACAAAACCAAAGACAUUUCAGGAUGCUGAUAGAUGUGAGAGAGAGGUGGGAUAAAAAGAACGAGGACUCGCCUCCAUAGAAAAAAAUAGGGAUCUGUUUCUUUAUCCCAAUCCUCUUUGAGUUUCAAAGUUUAUAUAGCUGGAAAGCAUUUUCACUUAUACUCUCUCACCCUCUUUCCAUUUCUCUUUCAUUUGGAUCUUUCAUUUUAUUGGCUUGAGAUCCAAGAUCUGCCAAAAACUGACGGUCUAUUUCACUUCGUAGACAUUCCCCUAACAUUCACUUUAGGAGCUUCUCUCGCUUCCUAUAUGUACACGAAUCUUUGAUACAUUCCUUUUUUUGAAGGGGUCAUUACUAUAAAUGUCAAUGACUUUGAUCUUUUAAACUAUCUGGCAGCGAUUUGGAAGGUUAACACUGUUGAAGUAGAUAUCGUGAAUGGUUUCAUCAUCAUCAUCAUUUCUGACAUUUGGUUAUAAUCCAGCUUCUAGUUAUACAGCUCAGGACAUGAUUAGCAUAUCAGGAGGAGCUCUUCUCCUCAUGUUGUCUGAGGGAGCUGUUUCCCAGACUCCUCUCCUCCUCAUUAGGACUGCCGUGUUUGUACUCCGUGGUGAGGCUCUCCAGCUGUAAGAGAAAGGCUUCAAGGCCGCGUCUCCACUGGGAGUCGCCUUUAUUACCGGCUCUUUUUGAGGAAUCUUUGUGGAUUAUUUUUGCAGGUCCAACAAUCUCUGCUUCGCUUGGUUUCCUUCCUUUUGCGUAGGUGCUUUGCAGUAAAGAUGGGUGGUUCUCCCAUUACGAUAGGUUAACUGUGAUUAUUAAUAGAAGAAAAGUGGGCAAGGUUUUUAAGGAAUCCAACGUUAUUGAUAGAGAUAGCAUUUUGCAGUUUUUGAGCUAAAUGACAUUUAAUGACAUACUAAAUGUAAUGCAAUGGAGCAGUGCAGUGAAGACGUAUUUUUUUAGGCUGACCAGGAAGUAACCAUAACAAGGGCUCCCUCAACAAAAGCCAAUGGGAUUUCGCCAUUGGCUUUUGGAAUAUUGCUGAAAAUAGGCCCUGUGUUAAACACAUAUUUAUGAUACUUCAUUAACACCACUUUUUUAAGCGUAAAACUAUCGCCUGAAUUGAACAGCUAAAGCUACUGUACGCUAUAAACGACUUCCAUGUCGGUCGCAUGGCUUUGUGUCACCACGGCUAAGCUAAAGGUGGCUAAUGGGGGACGUUUAGUAUUCUCAUUAGUCACUUGUUAGCAACCGCCAUUCUUAUGAUACUUAGAAUCUUCAGACAUUCACCGUUGGGUAUUUACUGACGUAUUUUAUACUGUAGAACAAAAAGUGUUAAUCUCUUCAGCUUGUGUUAACCACAUAACUUAUUCCAGACGAAGGAACCAGAAAUGAUAGAAUACUAACUUAUUUCUGGAUUUAAGACUUAAUCCUUCACCACUCUAUCGUAUCACUGUUUGGUAUCGGUUCAGUAAAGAAUACAUUUAAUAUAACGUUUUUAGAAUUGAGAUUACUACAUUUUCAAUACAUUUCAAGUCUUCUAUCAUUGUGACAAUGCAUCUUCCUCUUGUUUAAAUAGGGAAGACAUAGGUGUCAAAGAUUUGUAAACUGCAAAUGUGCAACACUUAUAAUCUAUUCAUCUAACUUUAAAAUGUCCAAACCAGGAUAAGGCAUGAUUUAAAGAAAAGCAUCACGAUGUAGCUUUACAUCAAUCCUACUCGUGAACUCCUCCUCAAGUCUCCAGCCUGCCAGGAUGAAGCCUUUUCUGAUAUUGUAGUGAACAAAGGUGUAUAAUUCAAGCUUAUUUCUAUGUCCUUUUAUUUGAAUGUAAAUUGAAAUGUUAAUGUUGAAGUCCGUUUUAUUAUUUGUUUGGAUUCAAUGUAAAUCCAGUUGUCAACUAAGAUCUCGCUGGGAGAAACAGCUGGUGUGGGGGAUAAAUCACUGUAAUAAACACAUGUGUAACAAU